ACCGCUAAAUGUACAACAUUGGCUUCAAAUGUAAAAUAAUGAACGGAAAAUGUAGCUAGGACUAGGGGCUGGGAGGUGCGAUCCCAGUCUGGGAUGAAACUUUUACUGUCAUCUUAGAAAGCAACACGGCGUAGGCUAUAGGGAGUAUGCACGGGUAAUCCGCUAUGUCUGUCUCUGUUUUAAAACUAAAUAGUAGCUGAUGUUAAAUUAAAUAGAUAUUAGAAGCACAUAGAUACAAUAGCAGAAGUUUCAAAAGGAGAGCCAGAAACAUUUAUAUCUACAUAUUUAUGUAUACAUGUAUGUCUCUAUAUAUCUCUGUAUUUAUAAGUGUAUAUAAUGAGUACCUGCACUUAGACAUACACAUACACGCGAGAAGAGGUAAGUUACUGAGGCGUCGUGAAAUUCGCCCCCCAAAAAUGGCUCUUGGGCUCAGCCCCGCAUCUCAAGGCUGGCUACGGGAAGCGCUGGGGGUUUGGCAUUGCGUCUCUUUGCAGAAAAGCUGAGAAAUACAGUAUUAAAUGAGGGAUCUGUGGGUAGGUGUGUGCGCUGCUCCAGGGCGCAGUGCCAGGGCUGAUAUAUUUAAUAGCGGCGGCCGCUUUCCGCGACUCAUUUCCCCGCUGGAGAGGCAUCAUCACAGGGUAAAGCCGGAGUAAAGGGGCGACAGCUUUCCUUCCCAAGGAAAAGCUCGGAAAACGGACGCCAAGACGGGUCUCCGCCCUCCGCACUCGUUUUCUCUAAGAUUUCCCGGAUAACUCAAGUGAACGGAUGUCCAGAAGUCCGGCACAAGGGGCACUAGAAACAGAGAGAUAUCGCAACGGUAAAGGGGAAACUUGCACAGAAAACAAGGUUGGAAAUGGAGUCGUUUAACCACAAGCUAAACUUGUACAUCGAUUCAUGGAUGGGUCCCAGAGAUCCACGGGUUCGAGGAUGGCUGCUUCUGGACCAUUACAUCCCCACCUUCUCGCUGACGCUUCUCUACCUUCUCAUCGUGUGGACCGGCCCGAGAUACAUGAAGAACCGGCAGCCACUGUCCUACCGUGGGGUGAUGGUGGCCUACAACCUGGGCCUCACCCUGCUGUCCUUCUACAUGUUCUACGAGCUUGUCACAGGUGUCCUGCAAGGGGGGUACAGCUUCUUCUGCCAGGACACCCGCAGCGGUGGGAGUGCCGACGACAAGAUCAUAAACGUCCUGUGGUGGUACUAUUUCUCCAAGCUGAUUGAAUUCAUGGACACAUUCUUCUUCAUCCUGAGGAAGAACAACCACCAGAUCACGUUCCUGCACGUGUUCCAUCACGCCACCAUGCUCAACAUCUGGUGGUUUGUUAUGAACUGGGUGCCCUGUGGACACUCAUACUUCGGCGCCUGUCUGAACAGCUUCAUCCACGUGCUGAUGUACUCCUACUACGGCCUGUCCGCCAUUCCCUCCAUGCGGCCCUACCUGUGGUGGAAGAAGUACAUCACGCAGGGGCAGCUCAUCCAGUUCGUUCUGACUGUCAUUCAGACGACGUGUGCUGUGGUUUGGCCCUGUGGCUUCCCGAAUGGCUGGCUCUACUUCCAGAUAUCCUACAUGGUCACCCUCAUUAUCCUUUUCCUGAACUUUUAUGUGAAGACCUACAAGAAGCAGGAUCCUUCUCAAAGAAAAGAGUAUCAGAACGGCAUGGCGUCCCCCGUGAACGGGCACUCGAACGGCAUGGCGUCAUCGGACAGUGUGAAGCACAGGAAACCGCGAGCGGACUGAGGACCCUGUGCCCACCGCCUAGGGUCACUCGUCACCACAUAUCGGCGCGUUCGGCUAGAAGAGCAUAUCGUAUUCACACUAGACAAAGAGCGACAGCCAUUCUAAUGUUAGAGAAUCCUGUAGAAGUUGUGCACAUAACAACCAUUUUUAUUAUUCAUAUUGAAUUUAUGCUCAUUGUGGUUAAGAGAGAACAAACUUAAGAACAAAAAAAAUGACAGUCCGUCAGACUUUAAUUUGGCAUAUCUGUGGUAGGACGGAGUGCGCACUUUCAGACGUGUUUCAUCGUGGUCUCACUGUGCAUUAUUUGGCCGGUCACGCUCGUAUGUACGAGUGCAAAACCACACAAACAAAGUCAUUUUUAACAUGCACCAGCAUACAAUGUCUUAUCCACAAGUUCCUACUAGUGAAACACGUUAUAUGGCUGAAUGAGCUUUACUGAUCUCAGACUGAGCUGCUGAAAAAUUUUUCAAUAAAUGGAAGUAAUGUUUUCUUAAAGGAUGCACAGUAAUGAUUCCACCAAACCUGGCUUUCUUAUGCUAAAGACCACGCAUCUCACUGUCGCCUGUGCUACUGGUCAUGGGUCUGAGAAGCAGGUGUAUCGUCUAACGCAUCGUCACAGGAACACCUUCUCCCAGCAAACCUGUCACCACCCGACGUCAGAAACACCUCACCUCCUGUGUUAUUCUACAGGCUACCAAAAAAGGCAGAUUUUAAUUCAUUGACUUAAUUUAUUACUUCUUGACUUAACAAGAAUUGAUUCUUCGUGAAUGUUUACAAAAGAUGGAAUGUAAAUGUUAAAGUGAAAUUCAGGAAGGUCAUAUGCUUUCUUAGGUGUCAGGAUUUAAAAUUUUAUUUGUAGUAUAACAUUAGUUGUAUUAAAUUUGUUUCUGUUUUUUAAUGAGUGAGUACUAAACAUAAUUUGGCCAACCAGUGAUAGCAAACUUGAGCAAACUGAUCUUAAUGUGAUACAUGCAACUUUAAACUAAUUUUAGAAAAAUGCAAUAUUCCCUGGUUUGCCCUUGUUAUUUAUUUAUGUUAUCCCCGUAAAUUCAACAAAGGGAGUAAAUCGCAUUUGUAAAAACCUGUGCGAUCACCAGAAUAUUCCAAAUUAAAAUAUGUCUAUUUUGCAAAACAAUAGAAGAUGUAAGGUUUCUUAAUGAGGACCACAGACUGACCAUACAAAGUCCUGCAAAAACAAAUUGCAUAUUUAGAUUGCUCUACAAAUGCUUAACAUAGAAUUAGAUAUGAACUUAAAUGCUAAUUUGUAUACUUGUUAAUGUACCUUCAUUAAAGGGAAAUGAAGAGGUGGAUACAAGCUGACGGCGAGCCUGCUGAAUUUCUGUACUAACUACGGUCGCUAUGAAUGUUCACAUGACGUCAUUUUAUUCAUGCACAUUACUAAUAGCUGUGUCACCUGACUGCUGUUAAUUGUUAGAGACGCCAUGUAUCACUUUUAGCAUUUGAUUUUCCCUUUGUUUUGUUAUAUGCCAGCUGCACACCGUGACUGUGGGCCGUAGAUAUUUCCUACAACGUUAAGCGUGAAAGGGUGACCACAAAGCCCAUGCUGGGAUUUUUCAAUAAACACUUGAUGACUGUGCCUCUCUAA